AUGACCAGUGCAUCAAGCUCCGGAGAAACCUCGCAAAGCCCAGAAUCCUGUGGCUCAACUGGGGUCACUACUCCCGAGGGAUUCAAGGCAGAAACUACUAGUUUUGCCCAGAGGCACACAAGAUGGCGUCCAUCCUUUCACCUGAUGCCUCAAACAGGAUGGAUGAAUGAUCCAUGCGCACCUGGAUAUGACCCCUCAACCGGGUUGUAUCAUGUUUCCUUUCAGUGGAACCCUAAUGGCCCCGACUGGGGUGAUAUUGCUUGGGGAACUGCGACUUCCAGUGACAUGAUUUCAUGGAGCGUUGAAGAACAACCUAUCCUCUCACCAGAUAAUGGCUAUGACUCUAAGGGUGUCUUCACCGGAUGCUUUGCCAAGGCAGCAGAUGGGACUCUCAACUACAUCUAUACCUCGGUCAGCUCCCUUCCGAUCCACCACACCAUCCUGCAUCAAACUGGCUGCGAGACAUUGAGCAUUGCGACGUCUUCAGAUCAAGGAAGGACUUGGCACAAAAGUGACAGGAACCCCAUCCUCCCGGGUGAACCUUCAGAUCUUGAUGUCACCGGCUGGAGAGAUCCAUUCUGUGCUCCUUGGCCUAAUAUGAGCAAGGUUCUGGGCCUGAACCCAGAUGAUACCUUGUUUGGUAUUAUCUCUGGAGGUAUUAGGGAUGUCACACCCACAAGCUUCCUUUACAAGAUCAAUGCGAAUAACUUGAGUGACUGGGAUUACAUUGGGCCCCUUGCAAAUUUUGGUCUGAAUCUCAGACCGUCACGGUGGUCUGGAGAUUUAGGCAAGAACUGGGAGGUAACGAACUUCCUGUCCUUGUCCGACGAGAAUGAUCCUCAUUCAAGUUUCGACUUUCUGAUCAUGGGCACUGAAGGCUGUCUUGAGGAUGGCCUUGAGGGAUCUCCAGGCAGUGCAGGUCCAUCACGUCCAAGCCGUGGCCAGCUUUGGAUGUCUGGCAAUCUUCAGAAAAGUGAAGCUGCCGGCCCGGCAAAUAUAUUAUAUGGCUUUGGGGGCCAUCUCGACCAUGGCUGUCUGUAUGCAGCCAACUCUUUCUUUGAUCCACGAAGUCAGCAUUACGUUGUCUGGGGGUGGAUCACAGAAGAAGACCUGUGUGAUGAUUUCCGUCACCAGCAAGGAUGGAGUGGGGCUUUGUCAAUGCCCCGACAGAUCCAUCUACAGACUCUUCACAAUGUAGUUGGCGCGUUAGUCUCUGAUUUAUCCUCCAUCACCUCCAUCAAGCUCAAGUCAGAGGCCGAUGGAACUUUCACUAUCCACACUCUUGCCAGUGAACCAUAUAAGCCAUUGGCUCAGCACCUUCGCAACUCUUCAUACGCGCUUUGCUCACAUUUAGGGGCAUUUUCUCUCCAUAAUAAUCCUGUCGAGGUCGGGUUGUCGCUAGAAAACUUUGAAAAUGCAACAAUAAUGACAUUCGAGCCACAAGAUGAAACCUUCACGAUUUACCGACCAUCAUUCCCCAGGUCCGAUUCGUCUUUGUUGAUCAAUAGCUCUCCCGAAAUAGCGCCACACACCUUAUUCACAGGGACGAACCCCAAAAGUGGAGAGAAUUGGACGGAGACCUUGGAUAUUCGCGCGUGGAGAGAUAAUUCCGUUUUGGAGGUGUUUGUUAAUGGUCGGACCGCGAUCUCCACUCGUCUUUACGCAGCUGAGGAAACAUUUGGUAUGCGGUUCUUUGCAGAGGAUGAUGCCUCAGAUGCUAGGGUCCCACUACGGACGAGCCAUGCUGGUCCAACAGAGUUGAAGUUUGCAAAUUUGUGGGAUGGAAUUGGAAUCUAG